AUGGACACCGACAGAGAUAAUGGAGCUGGCUUAUCCCACUUAGGUUCAGACUCAGAUCACGCAGAUCAAUAUUCAGAAUACUCGGACUACUCAGACUUCUUAUGGCUAAACCAAAGAGAAGAACGAGAUGCGGAAAUCCAACGGGAAAGACCGGUCAACAUGGUCAAAUUCUCAAGAAACAGGAAGAGAAGACACAAAAAGUGGUACAAGCACAAAGCCAUUGAAUAUCGUUCCACGGCCGAUAGUGUGCGCCGGUAUCUCUAUCGACUGCCUAUCGAGCUGUUCACCAUGAUAAUGGACUAUCUUAGUUUGAGGGACAUUCUAUAUUUAUGCCAGGAUCCAGAGUUUUCCGUAAACUCUUUACUUAGAAGACAUCUCAUAGCCGAGGCGAGUUCGUAUUCAAUCCUGCACCAAGUCAUAGACGACGACUGGUCGAUUAUUCCGAUGAUCAAGAAAUUCAUGCAAAUUUUGGGCUCUUGGGACGUACGCGGACCUUCAGGUAUCUUACUGCUGAAUGAAGCUAUGGUCUGUGAACGUAUUGAUUUGUGUCAAUUAUUCAUCGAAGCGGGUGCAAGAGUCAACUCUCUUGUACCGAAACAACCGCCCAAACCAUCACCAACCCGCGUUAGAAGGCGAGGAUUGGACGAGAUUGACCACUUCAUCCGUUACGAAGCAGAGUUCUACUGGAUCCCUAGUGAUCCAGACUUCGAACCGCUUCAUCUAGCUGCGAUCGUCGAUAAUUUGGAGAUAGUAGAUUUGCUCUUAAAUCACGGCGCAAACCCCAACGCGUCGGCAGGAAAAUAUGGAUCACCUCUACACUUGACAAAGGACUAUAGGAUUGCUCAAUCUCUCAUCUCGAAGGGGGCGGAGGUCAAUGCAUUGAAUGGAGCGGGAUCCACGCCAUUAUUCAUGGCUAUCGCAACGGGCAGAAGAAACCUUGCUUACCGGUUGCUCGCGGCCGGGGCAGAUGUGAACGUUCAGAACAAAGACAAACUGUCAGUAUUGGCUUUAGCAUGCAAAGUUGGUAAUCCCGAGUUCAUUUACGAACUGGCUUCCGCUGGCUGUGAUUUACAGGGGUCUCCAUCAAAUCCUUCGCUUCAUAUCGCUGUUUUGAAUGAGCACAAAGAGGCAACGCAAAUUUUGUUGAUGCACGGGCGCGAAACUCCGGCAUCGCUCAAUUGCUUCUUGUUGCCGGCGCUGACGUCGAUGCGCGAGACACCAUUGCAGCUUGCUGUUAUACGACGUGACUAUGAAAUGUUCGACGUCCUUGUGGCUGCCGGCGCAGAUUGGAAAUCUCCUGAUAUUGAUUGGGGCGGUUUUAUUUACAGCGCUGCUACCGAGGGCAAAUACACGACGGUCAGGCUGCUUCUUACGCAUUGCAAUAUCAAGAUCUCAGAACGCGACGACACAAAUCCACUACCGGAUGUGAUUGAGGAAGGCCACAAAGGCAUUGCACGCUUAUUGAUAGAAAAUGACCCGGCCCUCGUGAAUCAAGCAGACAAAAAAGGCAUAACCCCAAUCGGUGCAGCAAUACAUUACGGCUCUUCGCUGGUUGCAGAGCUUCUUGCCGCCGGCGCAAACCUAACCGAUAGGGAUCUUGAUAUUGAUAGCUAUUCUGGUGGCGACAGUGAUUCUGGUAGUGAUGGCUCUGGUGGCAACGAAAAGCUUCGAUUAGCAAUUGUUAACGCUGUGGCGGAACAGGAUAUGGACGAAGUUCAUGCGCUGAUGGACGGUUGGAAGAAGAGAUACUCAAAGUUCAGAGGCUGA